AGGCCCGAGUCGGUGUAGCUGAUCCGGGGCAUCUGAAUGGCUUCGAUAGGCGAUCGAUGGAGUUGGAAGUUGCGCUGACGCGCGAUGCUGUCUGUGUAACAUCGUCGCCUUGGUUGGAGGGUCGUGGGCGAUACCUUCUUGGAUUAGAACCCUAUGCCACAUCGUAAUAUAGCGACUCAAAAACUCACAUCAGUAAUAUCGGCCAGUUUGCGCGGUUCACCCGUGGUCGAAGCCGUGUCUGAGGGUAUGUUUGCCUCUGGCCCACGCGUGUUGCAAAAGCGAGCCGUCAGUCAGACGCCAAAAGAUCGCGUGGUCACGUGUUGAUAAGAUAAGGUCUGCCUUCCCCCGCAAUGCAUUACCCUGGAUCCGUGGACCUUGCAUGCAUGCCCCCCGAUAGUGAGUAGUACCUGCGGGUUGAGUGUUCUGCCCAUGUCAUCAGACUUCUGGGCCGGCUAUAUUAGCGGGGCUAUUGGCAUAGUUAUCGGGAACCCUCUCGACCUCAUUAAAGUCCGAUUACAAGCAAGUAGCCCUGCAAAUGGCUCUGCGGAACCUCGGCAACUGACUCGAUUUGAAAGCACAAGCUCUCUCGUGCGAGGCGCGGCGGCCCCAAUUCUUGGAUAUGGGGCCCUCAAUGCCUUACUAUUCGUGUCCUACAAUCGAUCACUGAUGCUGUUGGAUGAUUCCAUCAAUGAUCCCACGAAUCCUCAAAAUUGUGCCCUAUACAAACUAUGGCUUGCUGGAGCAUUGGGUGGCGUUGCCAGCUGGACCGUCUCCGCACCUACGGAGUUCAUCAAAUGUCGAGCCCAGCUUGACGCUCGCCCAGAAGUCUCGUCCUGGAGCGUCGCGAAAGACAUCAUUCGGAAUCGCGGCUGGAGGGGCUUGUAUUUCGCUGGCGGAAUAACUUGUGCCAGGGACUCUAUAGGCUAUGGUUUCUAUUUCUGGUCCUACGAAUAUUGCAAGCGUUUAAUGGCCACUCCUGGGGAUGAAGAUUCAAACAGCGCCGCGCUGAAAGUCCUCUUCUGCGGUGGUCUUGCUGGAAUCGUUACAUGGGCUUCGGUCUUCCCACUUGACGUGAUAAAAACACGAAUGCAGGCAAAUACAAUUGAAGGUUAUACCGAAGGCCGUCCGUUAUUAGAAUCACAAGCCAACAAACGAGAAUUUGGUGCCUUUAAACUAGCGAGGGAAGUAUAUCGGACUGAUGGCCUCAAGGCCUUCUAUCGCGGCCUAGGAGUAUGCAGUCUACGGGCAUUCAUUGUGAAUGCGGCUCAGUGGGCGGCAUAUGAGUGGCUUAUGAAAUAUUUCCAAAAUCGAUCCUGGGAUCAACCCCUCAAAGAUAUAUCAUAGACAUUUUAUAGAGUUAGAGCAUUGUCCGUUGUAUGGUAACUCCAACUGAUUCAACAAUACAACACCAGACAACUUAUGGCAGCUUUGUUUUUAGAUCAAAUGCCAUGCCAAGACAAAUAUAUAUAUAUCCUUUCUCAAGGACCUUUCAUAUACUUUGGGACUGGUGUCAACGACAAGGAACUACAGACACCAAGCUCCACAUGGCUUAAAACAUUACUCGACUCAGGCCAGCCCACUGUGUUGAUGCUCCGGGGAAGCUUGGUAUAGAAUU